UUAGAGAACGUGGAUGAGGCCUGAGGUGGCGGCGGCGCAGGGCAGCCCCGGGCUGGCCCCGGCAGAGCUGGAGCAGCUGAAGCAGCGCGCGGCCGAGUGUGUGGAGCAGAGCGCGGCGCAGCUGGCCGCGCUGAGCCGCUGCAUCUGGGCCCGACCCGAGCUGGCCUACGCGGAGCAACAAGCGCACGACGCCAUGACGCGCUUCUUCACCGCACCGGAGCUGCCGGGCGCCGCCUGGGCCGUGCAGCCGCGCUACAAGCUCGACACCGCCUUCCGCGCCGACUGGGCCCCGGCCGAGUCCGCCGCCCCGGGCCCAGCGCCGCGCCCGCUGCACCUGGCCUUCCUGUGCGAGUACGACGCGCUGCCCGGCAUCGGCCACGCCUGUGGCCACAACCUUAUCGCCGAGGUGGGCGCCGCCGCGGCGCUGGGGCUCAAGGGCGCCCUGGAGAGUGCGGCCCCAGCGCCGGUGAAGGUGACGGUGCUGGGUACCCCGGCCGAGGAGGAGGGAGGUGGCAAAAUCGACCUGAUCGAGGCCGGGGCCUUCGACGAUGUGGACGUGGUUUUCAUGGCCCACCCAGCGCAGGAGGAUGCAGCCUACCUGCCUGAUGUAGCUGAGCACGAUGUAACUGUGAAAUACUAUGGAAAAGCUUCUCAUGCUGCUGCUUAUCCUUGGGAAGGAGUAAAUGCAUUAGAUGCUGCUGUUCUUGCAUACAACAAUCUAUCAGUUUUAAGACAGCAAAUGAAACCUACCUGGAGAGUUCACGGUGUAAUAAAAAAUGGUGGUGUGAAACCUAACAUCAUCCCUUCUUACUCUGAGCUAGAAUUUUACUUGCGUGCCCCUUCUGUGACGGAGCUCUCUGUUCUGACAGAGAAAGCUGAAAACUGCUUCAAAGCUGCAGCGCUGGCCACUGGAUGUAAAGUGGAAAUAAAAGGUGAUGGACAUGAUUACUAUAAUGUGCUUCCCAACAAGACUCUGCAGAAAAUUUACAGAGAAAAUGGAAAAAAGCUUGGAGUGGAAUUUAUUUCAGAAGAAUCUAUUUUAAAUGGCUUGUCAGGUUCCACUGACUUUGGAAAUGUCUCAUUUGUUGUUCCUGGAAUUCAUCCUUAUUUUUAUAUUGGCUCAGAUGCAUUAAAUCAUACUGAGCAGUUUACUGAAGCUGCAGGGUCAGAAGAAGCUCAGUUCUAUGCUUUGCGCACAGCAAAAGCUUUGGCGAUGACUGCAUUGGAUAUUAUUUUCAAGCCAGACCUUCUGGAAAAAGUUAGAGAAGACUUUAGACAGGUGAAACUAAAAGAGCAAGGACCUUUAACUAUUCUUCAAGGCAAAGGAUCUGGCCUUGGCAUUGGGGCAGCAUGUGCAUCACGUUAAAUUUUCUCCACUUCUAUGGGAGUAACUUAGUGGAAUAAUGGUUCUCUACUUGAAACCUAAUGGAAGCUAGACAGACUUCUUAAGUGUAGAAAGGAUGACUUUGGGCUCUUGAGGAUAUGAGAAAUCAAAUGGCAACAUUUCACUUUCACGUCUCAAUUUUUCUUUUUUCUAAAUAACUUUAAGUAGCUAUAAACUUGGUUGCUGUAUUGACUAAUAUGCCACAUUUUUAUAGAUUUGCAAAGCAUACAGUUAAGAAACUUAGCACCAAUGACAAAUAACUUGGUGAAUGUUUUAGAACCAUCAUAUAGAUAAUUCUUCCAUCUGCUACAGAACCCACAUAAGAGAAGGGAGAAUUAGAUCUAUGGCAAUUGUCAGUCACAAAUGCUUGUAGUUUAAAUAUGUCAACCACAAAUAGUAAACUUUCUAUGAUUUAUGUCUAGAGGAACCAUAUAUAAAAAUCUGAGAUGCAUAUCCACUAGCUGGAAAUGCAGACCUUUAGGAGAACGUAAAAUUAUAGAGAAAAUUUCUAUAUUUGAGUGAAAGUGAGGUGCAUAAAAUAAUGAUUCUGAAUCCUUCAGUGUGUAAGUUAGUAGCUUCGUCCAAAGUUAGUAUAGAAGUUGUUGUGAUGGUCAGUGAUUGUGAGAUCAAAGUAUAGGGGGGGUUGUUGUUUUUUUUGGUCACCCUUUCUUAGAGCUGUAUCUACUAAUACUGUCUAUAGUCGUCUUCUGAUGGAAUGCGUACUUCCAGAGUGCCUCACAGUUUUAAUGUAGUUAGUUUCACAACAUGCCUGUCAGAAAAGGAGUGCUGUCAUCUCUGUAUAAACUAAGGCAUGGAGGGUACAGAGUAAAGGACUCAGUUUGGGUCACAAGUCUGCAGUGUAGGAAUUAAGCCUAGGUCUGCCAAAUCCCAGGAUAGGAAAGAGACCUCUAAUAAUUCAGUUAGCUUGCAUGGAUUUACUUUAAAAAUAGUGCUCUAAUCCAGGGGUGUCGAUCUAGUCUUGCCCAGGUAAGUGGUGCACGAUUCGUCCAUGGGCCAGGUAAAUGGUGUGUGCCUAGGCCUAUGGGCUGUAUUGGGCCCAUGUAUCCCCUUUCUACCCCCUUCAACUUCUGGUCUGGGAUCCAGUGGGAAGAGGCCUGGUAUCCUGGGUCCUUGGCGGCUGCUGCUGUGAGAACAAGCUAAAAAGCCUAGCUCCUUCCCAUGGUGCUGCUGGGGCUCCAACCCCCUCAUUCCUACCUGAGUGCUUGGCUACUGCUACAGGAAGAUCCCCCAUCCAGUCAUCAGUUUGGAUGUUUGACAUGCCUGUACUAAUCUGUAGUCAUUUCAGAACUGGAUACUGAGAACAUUUUUAUAUAUGCUGUGGGAUGCAGCGCUGGGUGCUUUAAUUAGCAAGCCACACUAAUUAAUUAAAAGCGCCUGUGCAUCAGGUGUAUCAGCGUCUUGGUGCUGAAAAAACGGUGGCGGGACACUUAACUAAAGCUCAUUGAAUGAGUUUUAUUUCAAAGCUCCCCACCGCCAUUUUUUCAGUGUGGAGACGCGCUGGGACACUGCUGCACAUCAUGCAGACGGCUGCCUGAGUGUGUCAGUUUCCAUACUUCAGCAGACUCGAUUAAUUAAGUUUGUUCUGACACUGGAUUUCCAGCACGUUGGAGCAGGCUCCACAUGUGCAUAGGAGCCCUGAUUGACCAUUGUGAUUCACUGGAUAUCACUUCCAAAUGGUGUGUAGCUUGUUUGGGUUCUCUUCUUCACAGAUCUUGGAUUGUUAAAGUUUGUCCAAAGCAUUUCACUUCGUGUUUCUUUUCAACAAUGACUAAGCAGCUUGGAGAUGAGUAGGAAAAUCUUUUUUCCUGUAUGUAAGUAAAUGUCUUCACAGUAAGUAGCUUGGGGUAUGUUAAUUUGAAAGGCUUUAUAUCUCCAUUAUGCUUGUAUGACUUUUCUCUUCUGUGAAAUCUUUGUCUACAGUUUUGAGCUCCCCAGGUGAUUUUUUUUUCCCUCUUUUUGUGGGCUACCUAUUUUUUUUUAUUUUGUGACUUUGUCCAUAAAAAAUUCACAGAAGUAGUUGCACUACAAGUGUAGGCUUUUCAUUACACUCAAAACUUUAAAAUGCUGCACUCGUUUGAUGACUUUUUUUUUUUUAGAAGCUCACUUUUGUUCAGGGCCUUGGUUCCCUUUUCAAAAUAGAUAGCUACUGGGCUAAAACAUACAAGAGUUCAUUUAAUCAAGUCUCUUUGCCACAAGUAAACAAAUUAGCUAGUUUUGCCAUAAUGUGGAUAAAUUGUGGCCCCAGUUUUAUUAACAGAUAUUCAGUUUUGCUCUGCUACACUAUUUCUGUGUUUCUUCUGCUGUAAUUGUUAUCACUCUGUUCAGUAUAUGCAUAUUUUGCUAUCAACAGAGGGUUCUGUGCAUCUUCUGCCUCCACAAUGCUGUGCAGAACAGUGCAGCACUGUUUGCUUAUGCUAUGAACUCUAGAGAUCUGUGCCUCCCAGACUGCUGUGCACAAGAUUAGUUUCAAGGGGAGAAAAGGAAAUUGCUUCCUAGCACUAUGGGUUGAGCACUGUUUCCACCCUUAACAUGUUCAGCUCUCUGCAAGAUGUAGCAAUGAUGGUUUUACCUUCCUUGUAAAGCACUGUAUAAAAGCCGUGUGUUCAGAAGCUAGUCUUUCUCAUUCAAAACUGUGAACUUUUAAGUUCUUUUAAAAGAGGUAGUUAGUUGUAUUAGUCUGAAAUCAAGUGGAAGGCAGGGCAUAGUGGCAUCUUUCUAAAAGACGCUGUCUGACUUCCCUUCUGCCAGUCUUUUUAAAAGAAGUGACUGGCAGUCUCCAGCUGCAAGCUUUUUCUUUUUCCUAACAACAAUGGUAGUCAAAUAUAGCAUUUAAUAGCAGCUUCUAAACUUUGUAACAGCUCCAUUCACCCAAUGAAGUGUAUGCAUUAGAUUCGUGAUUGCUGUUUUGCCUCAAAUAUCUACCUGGGCUAACUGGCCUUGGGUUUAAGGUUUCCACAUUUAGGAUCUUAGUUCCAUGACAAUAAUAGGUGGAAUUUUUGAAGUGCUUGUAUGACUGGAGCACAGUUCUUUUUUACUUGUGACACUGAAUCUCAUAAGCACUUCUAAAAAUCCCUACUUUAGCUCUUAAAUUCCCAUAACAACUUGCUUUCCCACAAGAUCUUUUCACACUUGUUCCAGUAUUCUCAAAACUGAAUAAUCUUUGGUAGAAAUAUUUAUUGUAGCAACUUGGAAUGAAUCUGUUGCAGACUAAUGAUUUACUUGAAUGUUGCCCUUUGGCAUCAUUUAAGGCUGGGUGAUGGAUAUCAAACUUCUGUGAUAGACUUCACAGAGCAGUGCUGGUAAGAUCCAUCCUACAACUUGAGCAAAAGAUAUGCCUGGUAGACUAUGAAAACUGACACAUACCUUUUUUCAUGAAGCUGUCCUGGACAAAGGAGGAGAACUUUGGCUGUUACCAAACAUACUUCAACUGUCUGCAAGGGUACAAUAACCUUUCAUUAGCUUGAGGUCCCUUCCGGCCCUUAAAAUUUAUGAAAUCUAUAACCCAUUAUUUUGUAUCAAGAGCACUGUUUUCGAGUAAUCAUUGCUGUUUUACUGUUGUUGUUUUACUUGUGCAAUAAAAAUUGAUAUAUGGUGUUAUAAAGACUUGUUCAACAUAUUCUAAUGUAAAAAUAAAGUUGUUUGCUUAGUGGUCA